CUGUUAAGAGUUAAGGCAAUACCACUUUCACCGAUGACCACCUCACUGGAAAGGAAGAAGGCAUUAAGUAUAAGUUAUGAGUUAAAGACUGGAGUCUAUAUGGCUUCAUUGUUCAUUUGACAGCAUGUUCAUCCUGUAGGUUCAUCCUGUAGGCUACACUGCAACUUUGCAACUCUGGCCUUAUUGUGUAUGUAACUUACAGUCUAUUAUCAUCAUCAAUAAGGCUCCAAUAUCCUACUUUGUAUAGGUACAUGCAUAGCCUAUAGUUGCCAUCCAUCAGUCCCCUUGCGCCAAACAUAAUGUAAAACAAAUCUCAGUAUAACACCAGGCCGGCCAAAGCUCCGCCUCCAUGUAGCAAAACAUGGACGGUAAAAAGCAGCCAUCGCUGAUGGCGUAUUGCUACCAUGGACAGCGACCACGGAGUGUGCACGUCCAGGAUCUUGUUGCAUUGAAUUUAGAACGUUUUCGUUGCUGUCACUACGUGGGUUUACUUCCGAGCCUAAUGUAAAGCAUUAGGUAGGCGAUACAUCGAGCCAGCAGCGAAAUAGCGUAGCAGCGAAAAGCGAAAUAGUGUAACAGAGUGACAACAAUUCAGCCAUCAGGAGCCAACGUCUGACUGUAGCCUAUAGACGAUAGAAAGAUAUCAGAGAGAUUUGAUCACUUGACAUGGAGGCUAUUCUUAACUCGAAAUGUGCACAUUUUCUCCAGAAGCGCAUAUAAUCAGAUGGUGGUAUAGCCUUCACCAUUGCAAUUGGGGAAAACUAAUCAAAAUGUGCCAUGAAUCCUUAUUUCACAUUCUCCACUACAACAAGGUAAAGUGGGCUCCUUAAGACAACGUAUUCUGUUAACUGGUUGAAUUGAGCAAGUUAACUCCGCUUGAGAACCUGAUAAAGAGACAAAUAAUUUCACAUCACUCAGAUCUAAAUGCAAUGCCAGAUUCCACUGCGUCAUGCAACGCGACCACUAGGCUUCGUCCGCAAUCAUGUAGGCUAAUAGUUAUUAGGCUAUUAAUCAUAAAGUUAUACAUUUUCUGCGUUCCCGACAGCGACUACAUUUAUGAAUAGUCUAUAUGAAGGCCUGCAUUGUAUACUUUUCCAGAGUGUAGUAGGUGAACUUGUAAGAUAGGCUAACUGUUAUAGUAUACUGCCUAUAGGCUAUACGACGUUUGGAGAAAAGCAAGUCUUAUCCACAUCGCUGACUUCAGCCGACCACGAACCCCCGGUUCACUCCAGCAGGAAUCACAUCUGAGAGACAAUCUAUCCGCAAUGGCCAGGCUGCGUAAGAAAGCGUGCAUAGCUCUGUUUUUAUUUACACUCUUCGUUUUUGGAACCAUGAUGGGUUUGAGAACUCUGAAGCCCAGCGAUGGGUUCUCAGACCUGGCCCCGGGGUUGGGCCUCCUGCCGAUGAUUGGAGGAAGGAUGGACCGGCGCUCGGUGUCUCAAGACGUCGUCUCCUCCCCGGGGCAGGUGCGCGCCAAAGUCGUUUUAUCAAAUUCGGGACCUGAAGGAACCAUAUUUUACGACGUCCACAUAUUCUACAGCGUGUGGUACGGGAACCCGUUGAUGGAUGGGAAAUACAUGCACUGGGACCAUGUCCUCGUGCCACAUUGGGACCCCAAAAUCGCCGCAAGUUACCCGAAAGGGAGGCAUAUGCCGCCGGAGGACAUAGGCUCCAGUUUCUACCCUGAUCUCGGUCCGUACAGCUCGAGAGAUCCGGAUGUAUUGGAGUCACACAUGGAGCAGAUUGGAGCGGCUGCUGCAGGGGUGCUGGUGCUGUCCUGGUAUCCUCCGGGCCUGGCCGAUGACAACGGGGAGCCCACAGAGGACUUGGUGCCGGCCGUCCUGGACGCUGCUCACAGACACAACCUCAAGGUUGCAUUUCACCUCCAGCCUUACAGAGGGCGGAGYGACCACAGUGUCCAUGACAACAUCAAGUAUAUCGUACGGGGACCACGGAGCCUUCUACAAGUUCACCUCUAGCACGGGGAAUAUUCUGCCUCUGUUCUACAUUUAUGACUCGUAUCUGACGCCGCCCGAGAACUGGUCCGACCUGCUCCACCCCACGGGCUCCCACAGCCUGCGAGGCACGGCGUACGACAGUGUCUUCAUCGCCCUCAUYGUGGAGGAGCGCCACAAGCACGACAUCCUUGCCGGUGGUUUCGAUGGCAUGUACACGUACUUCGCCUCCAACGGGUUUUCUUUUGGUUCGUCCCACCAGAACUGGAUCGCGGUCAAGGCGUUCUGCGACGGUAACAACCUGUUAUUUAUACCUAGCGCCGGGCCGGGCUACAUCGACACCGCGGUCAGACCAUGGAACAACCACAACACGCGCAACCGCGUCAACGGCCGCUACUACGAKACGGCCUUGCAGGCAGCGCUGAACGUGCGGCCCGAGAUCGUCACUAUAACGUCGUUCAACGAGUGGCACGAGGGCACACAGAUCGAGAGGGCUGUGCCAAAAAAGACGGUGACCAGGUUGUAUUURGAUUACCAGCCGCACCAACCUGAACACUACCUGGAGCUCACCAGGAGGUGGGCAGAGCAGUUCAACAAGGAGAAAGAGACAUGGCUCAUGUGAACUGGCACUGUGUGUGUGAAAGAGAGAGAAAAAGCAUGAGUGACUGUAGAGGUUUAUGAAUGUGUGAGAGACAAGUGCGUGGGAAUUGGACUGGUGGAAAAAAAAGAGAACAGGGAGAAAUCCUCUUGAUUUAACUUUUUUGUUGGCGAAAAAUUGCAUUAUGUGGUAGAUUUGGCAUAUUCUACAGUUGACACUUAUGUGCAACAAUAAGCUCCCCAUCCUGCUUGCCAUAUCUCUGCCCUGGAUUUUGUCUACUGAUAACCUCCAGACAAACCCCAUCCCUGCUACAAGCAUGGAUUGACACGUCAAUAGUCCAAUAUACAGUACACUCUGUCCUACUUUGACAAACCACUGCCCAAUGUAACCAUCUGUUUGAUACAAUGCACCCUGACAUGACUUUCCUGUCUGCACAAUCCUUUUAAGUUUUAAAAUGAUCAUUCCAAUAAAAUAGACCGGGUGACAUUUCUAGGAUUUGACUUUCAUCCCCAAGCCAUCUCUUCGUUGGAAAGUAUGAGAGAAUAAAGAACAGGAGAGAGAAAGGGCUAGUGGAGCUGGACGAUUCUUUUUUCCUCUUCAUUAAGUAUAGUCUUUUCUCUUCACUCAAAGCAAGUGUGCUCGGUGCCAAGUAAAGGGGUAUUUCCUGUGUGGCUUAACAAGGAUGUGGAGCUCAAAGAUGUCGGGUGAAGCUGCCCCCUAGAAGUUGAUCUUGGGUCAGUUUUACAUUUGCCCCACUAAUGGCUAAGGUUUAGAUUGGGGGAGCUGAUCCUAGAUCGGUACCGAAGGAAACUUAGGUACCGAUAUAAACCAAAGUGUAAGGGAAAACGGCAUGGUUGACCACCAAAUGGUUUAAUGUCAGUGCACUAGGGAGAGUAAGUGGUUUCACAGAGAUGUUGGGGUAUCGGAGCAUGUGAUUACAGCCAGACCAACUCAGCCAAGAGGAAAACGCCAUGUCCACAGCAGUUUCCGUUUAUCUGAAGACAGAAAACAACCAACACCACCAGAGAGAAACUACAUUCAACGAAUUCCAUAUUUUAAGUCGAGCACAAUUACCAGUUUUAAUAAAUGCAAUCUGUUCAAAACAAGUUUUUCAGAUUCAUUCAACAUUACAGUUGGGACAUUGUCCGUUAAAAUAAUUUGACAUUUUAUAGAAAUAAACUGUCACUCUCGUGUGCAGGCAAUGUAAAUGUAUAGUCAGGCCAGGCUGGGUACUGGAAUAUGAAUGAUAAAUUCAGUGUGUAUGACCUAUUUGUACCUAGGCUUACUGAAAUCUUGCUGUCCAUUACUAAAAUGUAAAGAGACAAUUUAGGAAUAAAAGGAUGUGCCCUCUGACUUAUCUUUAAAACAAAGACUAUCCAUUCUGUGAGAARRAAAAAAAACGACUUACAGCUGCAGUGUUGUGAGCCAUUGCGAGUUAACUCAAGUCACCUGAUCSAGCUUGGCAGUCCACGCAGCCACUGUUAAUCAUUCUCUAACAAACUAGCAGGGGAAGGGAAAAGGGGACACCUACUAAGUUGCACAACAAAAUGCAUUCAACCAAAUUUCGUCUUCCACAUUUAACCCAACCCCUCUGAAUCAGAAGUGUACCAGGGGGCUGCCUUAAAUCGACAUCAACGGCACCCAGGGAGCAGUAGAUUUUGGGGAUUAACUGUCUUGCUCAAGGGCAGAACAGCAGAUUUUCCCACCUUGCCGGCUCAGGGWUUUCAAAACAGCGACCUCUCGGGUUACUGGCCCAACGCUCUUAACCUCUAGGCUACCUCCUUAAUGUAUAUGCAUUGCUGAAUACUGACCAUCUACAUUCCCAACAUGUGWGAAGACACCAAAAAAAGCAAUUGAGAGUUCUGUUGACGGGCGCUUCUGCAGUAGUUUAUCCACCACACUGACAUUAACCCAGUACUACAGGCGAGGAGAGAAAACCAACACAAGCGAUCAUGAUCAGCAUAAUGCAUGCCAUUUAUUCUCAACAACAUACUCUCAUUGGUCCAUUAUACAAACCAGUAAUCAGGUACUCAUAACCGUCAAGCAAUAAUACACUAGAUCACGGCUAACAGGCUGCGUUUACACAGGCAGCCCAAUUCUAAUAUUUUUUCCCCACCMAUUGGUCUGACCAAUCACAUCAGAUCUUU